AUGUCGUUUCCUACGUUUGGGGAACGCAUAUCAGAGCUCGCUGAGCCAGGGUAUAUCGGAGUAGCUGCUACCUACAGUUUCUUUUCCGUUAUGUUUGAGUACAUGUUCCGUGGCCAACCACUUGCACCUAUAUUCAAACUUCAGGAGAUCAAGGAAGAAGCCUUCUCUAGGUUCUGGAUCAAAUUUUCUGGCGCUCGCGAUACACCAGAUCCAUCAGCUCCUGCGCCAGUGCCGGUUGCGUCAAAUGCCCUGGUACCACCACUCCUCGCGCGGGCUGAUGGAGUGGUUCUCGAUCUUGGUCCGGGAACAGGAACCCAAACGCCACUUUUCACCAAUCCGGAUCUCCGUGUGAUGUACGGCGCAGAGCCAUGUCUAGGGCUACAUAAAGAUCUUCACAAAAAGGUCGAGUCAUGUGGGUUAGCAUCAAAAUAUCAAAUCCUGCACUGCGGAGCUCAGCCGGAAUCUCUACUUCCAGCGCUCAAGAAGGCUGGCGCACUCGAUGACGCGAAUAACGAAGGCAAAGGAAUAUUCGAUUCUAUUGUUUGCGUCCGAGUCCUGUGCUCGGUGCCUGAGCCUGAGAAGACGGUGAAGGGGCUCUACGACUUGCUUAAGCCAGGUGGGAAGAUGUUGGUCGUUGAACAUGUGGUGAAUCCCUGGACUACACCUAAAGGAAGCACGAUUGCGAGAUUUGUGCAGGCGAUAUAUGGGCUUUGUGGCUGGAAUUUUUUCAUGGCCGGUUGCAAUUUGGACAGAGAUACCGAGCGUACACUUCGAGCGGUCGCAGAUGUCGAUGGUGGAUGGGGGAGUGUUGACCUAGAGACGCUGUUCGCCUCGGGCCCUCUGCCUUAUGUCUCCGGAACUCUGGUCAAGCGGGAGUGA